GUGUCGCGUGCCCUCGUGUGACUCCAAUGGAACGCAGUACAAUGAGAGCUUCGUGGAAUGGGCCAUCCCUGAGGACGAUAAAUGUCACCUCUAUAAGCCCGUGGACCUCAACAGUACGGAGUGUGAUCCGGAUGCAUUUUGGCAGAACGAAACCACCACCUGCUCUGAGUGGGUCUACGAUACCUCCCUCUUCUCUUCCACCACCGUGACUGAGUUUGACCUGACGUGUGAGCGGGCACGGUUGGUACCGCUAGCCGGGUCCAUGUACAUGCUGGGUAUGCUGCUGGGCGCCAUCACAAUCGGUGACUUGGCGGACAGGUUCGGCAGGAAGAUCGGCAUCCUGGUGUCGGUGCUGCUGCUUGGGGGCGGCGGCGUGCUCAGUGCUGUGUCUCCCAACUACAUAAUGUUCCUCAUCAUGCGACUCCUUACAGGAGCUGGAGGAGUGGGACUCUUCCAGGUCACCUUUGUUUUAGCUGUUGAGUUCAUUGGAGCCAAGUGGCGAACGUUUGUGGGCAUCAUCAUCGAGGUUCCCUUUGCCCUCGGAGAGGCCAUGACCGGCAUCUUAGCCAUCUUCAUCAGGGACUGGCGAUGGCUGCAGGUGGCCGUCACUGCUCCCGCCUUCCUUCUCCUCUCUUACAUGUGGAUAAUGCCAGAGAGCGUACGUUGGCUAGUGUCUCAAGGCCGCAGAAAUGAUGCCAUCAAGAUCAUCAACAAGGCAGCCAAGGUCAAUGGUGUGGAAGUCCCCAAACACCUGCUGGAGGAGACAAACCCUGAGAUUCCAAGUGUUGAUGGGACAAUAUCGAUGGCCAAUAGCAAUGCUGACCUAGUUAAGGAUGAGCCUGGCCCUAAGGUGAAGAGAACCGUACUUGACCUCCUGAAGACUCCAAACAUGAGGAAGCGUUCCCUCAACAUGUUCUUCUGCUGGGCUGUAUGCACGCUGGUGUAUUACGGACUCUCCUCAAACUCUGGAAAUCUUGGUGGCAAUAUAUUUGUCAACUUUAUUGCCACCAUGUUGAUUGAGAUUCCCUCCUACGUGUUCUCCUACUUGGUUCUUGACAGAAUGGGCAGGAAGGGCACGCUCUCCUUUGUCCUUUUGCUUGGCGGCGGCGCUUGCUUCAUAUCCGGAUUUAUACCAGAAGAUAUUGGGUGGCUGAUAGUUACCCUGAGCCUGGUGGGUAAGUUUGGCAUUGCUGCGGCUUUCGCCAUCGUGUACGUCUACUCGGCUGAAAUCUUCCCAACGGAGUACAGGAGUGUUGGCAUUGGCGCGUGUUCUAUGUGUGCUCGUGUGGGGGGGAUCAUUGCCCCCUUCAUUGCCUCUCUGGCCGACAUAUACACACCACUGCCGCUGCUGGUCUUUGGAGUUCUGUCCAUAAUCUCCGGCUGUCUCAUCGUCUUACUGCCUGAGACUGUGGGGUGUGAGCUUCCUCAGACCCUGCAGGAGAGUGAAGAGUUUGGCAAGGACCAGCCCAUCUGGUAUUUUUCAUGCUGCAAGUCAAGGAGCAGCAGCAUCUCAGGGGAAGACAAUCCAGGCUUAGAAGAGCCAAAAAUUUAACAUGCAUUGAGUCACUAGGGGAUUCAUUGAUCUACAAUGUUACUCUAUUACAUUAUAUUUAUCUUAUUAUUACAAUAAGGGGUAUUUGUGACAGCGUAAAGUUUACACCAAGACAAUUUCAAUAUGUUUUUAAUGUUUAUAGCACAGCAAAAUCUAAAAUUAUUUUGUAUACUCCUUGCAAAUUUCUUCAAACAUUGAUGUUCACAAACUUAAUUUCAACUUCAAAUUUGUAUAUUUGAGUUUAUUUUAUCUCCAAUACCUAUACUUAUAUAGAAUGAUAAUUAUUUUGGUAGUUGUAAAAAUGUUAAAAUAUACCAACAGAUUUUUUUUUUAAACAUGUAACAAUAAUAAGACAACUAGAUUCUAGGCAGUGGAUUUCAGUAUCCAUUUCAUCUCAUAGGAGGGAUCUAGUUUCCCAGUGUUCUGAAUGUGUGAUGGCAUACUGGUAUAAAGUCUUGAAAUGCUUUUGUCAUUGCCUCAUAUUGUAAAACUACAUAGAAUUUGUUACAUUUCAUAACCAUUGUUACAGUUAGAUAGGAAGUUAGAAGUAAUACAGAUCUUUGUUUGGAUUCUUCAAUGUGUCCAUGGGGUUGGGAAGGGAUUUAGUAGGAAUUUUUAAAUGUGAACCAUAAAUCUAACUCCACUCACCUGAUUUCUGGUGCAUUUGUCAUGUCAGUUUUUCAGUUUCCAAAAAUAUGUAGUUUGUCUUUAAUCAGUUUGUAUUGUUAUGUUUUAUAUACAUCUUAUGAUGUGCUUAUGUAUCUGUUAAUCUGUUAAUAUUUAUCUUAUUAUUACAAUAAGGGGUAUUUGUGACAGUGUAAAGUGUACGCCAAGACAAUUUUAAUAUGUUUUUAAUGUUUUAUAAUAUAGGAAAAUCUAAAAUUAUUUUGUAUACUCCUUGCAAAUUACUUCAAAUAUUGAUGUUCACAAACUUAAUUGCAACUUCAAAUUUAUAUAUUUUAUUUCAUUUUAUCUUCAAUACCUGUACUUAUAUAGAAUGAUAAUUGUUUUGAUAGUUGUAAAAAUGUUAAAAUAUACCAACAGAUUUUUUUUUUAAACAUGUAACAAUAAUAAGACAACUAGAUUCUAGGCAGUGGAUUUCAGUAUCCAUUUCAUCUCAUAGGAGGGAUCUAGUUUCUCAGUGUUCUGAAUGUGUGAUUGCAUACUGGUAUAAAGUCUUGAAAUGCUUUUGUCAUUGCCUCAUAUUGUAAAACUACAUAGAAUUUGUUACAUUUCAUAACCAUUGUUACAGUUAGAUAGGAAGUUAGAAGUAAUGCAGAUCUUUGUUUGGAAUCUUCAAUGUGUCCAUGGCGUUGGGAAGGGAUUUAGUAGGAUUUUUUAAAUGUGAACCAUAAAUCUAUAUUCCACUCACCUGAUUUCUGGUGCAUUUGUCAUGUCAGUUUUUCAGUUUCCAAAAAUGUGCAGUUUGUCUUUAAUCAGUUUGUAUUGUUCUGUUUUAUAUACGUCUUAUGAUGUGCUUAAGUAUCUGUUAAUAUUGGUACAUAUGUUUUAUUUUUGUUAUUUGAAAUUUUUAGAAAUGACCAAAGUCAAAAUGGGAGACUUUAGUGAAUUAUUUUAGUAAAUUAUACAUCACUUGAACAUUGUAAAUCAUUAUUUUAAGACUGAUAUCAGUGCAAUAGAGUAAACUAUGAAUGGUCACCUUCAAGAGGUUUCAAGUUCUUUCUUGCUAAUGUAGAAGGAAAUACUUGAUGUCAUGUUACAUUUGAUAUUAGGUAUGUAUAUUAUGAAAUGAAAAGUCAUUGUAAACUUAGAGAGAAAAAAUACACCUGUGAUAAUUCUUGCUAUCAAAAGGGCACAAAUGAA